AUGCUUAAUAUUCUUAGUUUGAUCUGUAUUUGUAUUAAUUCUGCCCUUUAUCCGCAUUCGAGUGGUUUUUUCUUCGGCAAAUUGCCCGAAGCCUACGCUUUUUUGAAUCCAAUCGUAGAUGUUAUGCCAGUCAUACCUGUACUUUUUUUUCUCUUAGCUUUUGUUUGGCAAGCUGCUGUAAGCUUUCGAUAA